CCUUGUAACAAAAUAAAAAUCUAAUUAGAGAAUGUUAAUUAGUUUUAUCGAAAAAUAGGUAAGAAUGGGAAAUUAAGAAAAUGCAUAAAUUGAUAAAUUGCUCCUUAAACUGUCUAAAAGAGGGAGUGGUGAUUGUCACAUGUCAUGCCACCGGCGGUGAGUCGAUGAUUGAAGCAACCAACGUUGGCUCAUGUCCCGCUUCUUCCUCACAUGGCGUCGUUGUUUCUGUUCCGUUCCCCAACACUCCAUUACGAGUGGAAAUGACCCAGUUACAGUGAUAGCUACAUUGUUGUCUAACACUACUCGUAUACGCGACCUGAACCAAAUAUACGCUCACAUUCUUCUAACUCGCUUUCUUGAAUCCAAUCCUGCUUCUUUCAACUGGAACAAUAUCAUAAGAUCUUACACUAGACUAGAAUCACCUCAAAAUGCGCUUCGUAUCUAUGUUUCCAUGUUGCGUGCCGGGGUUUUACCCGACCGUUACACUCUUCCCAUUGUCCUCAAAGCUGUGUCACAAUCUUUUGCCAUUCAGCUUGGACAACAGGUUCAUUCAUAUGGUAUUAAGCUUGGACUACAAUCCAAUGAGUAUUGUGAAUCUGGGUUUAUUAAUUUGUAUUGUAAAGCUGGUGAUUUUGAUAGUGCACAUAAGGUGUUUGAUGAAAAUCAUGAACCAAAGCUUGGUUCUUGGAAUGCUUUAAUAAGUGGGCUUUCACAAGGUGGACUUGCUAUGGAUGCUAUUGUUGUGUUUGUUGAUAUGAAGAGGCAUGGAUUUGAACCGGAUGGGAUUACCAUGGUUAGUGUCAUGUCUGCUUGUGGAAGUAUUGGUGAUUUGUACCUGGCGCUUCAAUUGCAUAAAUAUGUUUUUCAGGCGAAAACUAAUGAAUGGACUGUCAUUUUGAUGUCGAAUUCACUGAUUGACAUGUAUGGAAAGUGUGGGAGGAUGGACUUGGCUUACGAAGUAUUUGCGACGAUGGAGGAUAGGAAUGUGUCAUCGUGGACUUCUAUGAUUGUGGGUUAUGCAAUGCAUGGACAUGCAAAGGAGGCACUUGGUUGCUUUCAUUGUAUGAGGGAGUCGGGUGUGAAGCCUAAUUAUGUGACUUUUAUAGGAGUACUUAGUGCUUGUGUGCAUGGAGGGACUGUUCAAGAAGGAAGAUUUUACUUUGAUAUGAUGAAGAAUAUUUAUGGCAUAACACCUCAACUGCAGCAUUAUGGAUGCAUGGUAGAUUUGCUAGGUCGGGCGGGAUUGUUUGACGAUGCCAGGAGAAUGGUGGAGGAGAUGCCUAUGAAGCCAAAUUCAGUAGUAUGGGGGUGUUUGAUGGGUGCAUGUGAGAAACAUGGAAACGUGGAUAUGGCAGAGUGGGUAGCUGAGAAUUUGCAAGCAUUGGAACCUUGGAAUGAAGGGGUUUACGUGGUAUUGUCAAAUAUCUAUGCCAAUAAAGGCUUGUGGAAGGAGGUGGAGAGAAUAAGAUCCUUUAUGAAAGAAGGAAGGCUUGCUAAGAUUCCUGCCUAUAGCAUCACAACAAAUUCAGAUUGAAGAAUGAAGAUUCAAUAAUAAUUUAUUUUAGCAUUCGGUAUUUUACAAUCAAUUGUAUUUUAUGCAUAUAUAUCGAUCCUGACUUACAAUGUUGCUAUUCAGCUAUAUAUACACUCCAUAAACAGAAUAUAUUUCCAAAAUCAAUAUUUUUGGAUAAGAGUUGAAGACUGAAGUUAGGUUCAAGUAGCUUAUAAGAAAGUAGGGGAAUAUGAUUUGUAAAUUAGCUUCUCUAAUUAAAGAAUAAGCACUCCUUUAAAUUUUAUGAUUUUGUAAGGAAAUGUUUAAAUCUAGUGACAAAGAAUUCAGAAUCA